CACGGCCCCCACACUGGUGAGCGCACACCCCGGCGCGCGCGCGCCCGCACACCAGGGCGCACGCACAGCACACCGGGGCCACAGACGGGCUCUCCGCGGCCGCGAGUGAGGAGGACGCAGCCGGAUUCCCCUCCGAAGGCGCUGUCGGGCACCCCGCCCCGCCCCGCCCCUCGAACUCCCCAGUCCCGGCGCUGCUCCGUGGGCUGCAAAGUUUGCAGCGUGAGGCAAUCAAGGGCGCGCGCCGGCGCGGGCUCGGCUGUGCUCCACGCGGCUCCGGACAGCUGGGACCGCUGGCCCGGCGGCGUGGAUGCACCGCGCACAGCGCUGCUGCCGAGAGCCAGUCCCGCUACAUCCAGUCGGGUCACAGGGGCUAUUGGAGUCCCACAAGGACCCUCCGGUCGCCGACGAGGUGUGCAGCCAACACUGAGCCCUUCCUGUCUGUCCUCCUGGGCUCAGAUCCUUCGCCACCUUCACUUAGCCAUGGCUCCUGGUCCUGCUCGGAUCAGCUUGGGGUCCCAACUACUGCCUAUGGUGCCCCUGCUCCUGCUGCUGCGAGGCGUAGGCUGCGGCCACAGGGGCCCCUCAUGGCCCUUGGCAGCUGAAGGUCUGCAGAGGGACAAGGACCCCCAGCAGUCCCCUGGGGAUGCAGCAGCCACGCUGGGCCCAGGUGCCCAGGACAUGGUCGCUGUCCACAUGCUCAGGCUCUAUGAGAAGUACAACCGACGGGGCGCUCGGCCAGGAGGAGGUAACACGGUCCGAAGCUUCCGUGCCAGGCUGGAUGCGGUCGACCAGAAGACGCCCGUGUAUUUCUUCAACUUGACGUCCAUGCAAGACUCGGAAAUAAUCCUCACAGCCACCUUCCACUUCCAUGCAGAACCCCCGCGGUGGCCUCGGGCACGUGAGGUUCUCUGCAAACCGCGAGCCAAGAAUGCCUCUUGCCGCCUCCUGACCCCAGGUCUGCCAGCACGUUUGAACUUAAUCUUCCGCAGCCUCUCCCAGAACACCGCUACUCAGGGGCUGCUUCGCGGGGCCAUGGCCCUGGCGCCUCCACCACGUGGGCUGUGGCAGGCCAAGGACAUCUCAUCCAUUGUCAAGGCUGCCCGGAGAGAUGGAGAACUGCUCCUCUCUGCCCAACUGGAUUCUGGGGAGAAAGACCCCGGGAUACCCAGCCCCAGCACCCACAUGCCCUAUAUCCUUGUCUAUGCCAAUGACCUGGCCAUCUCAGAACCCAACAGUGUGGCCGUGACGCUGCAGAGAUACGACCCCUUUCCAGCCGGAGACCUGGAGCCUCGCGCUGCCCCCAACAGCUCAGCGGACCCCCGCGUGCGCCGGGCAGCUCAUGUCUCUGGGCCCUUGCAGGGCAAUGAACUGCCAGGACUGGAUGAGAGACCGGCACCUGCCCUGCAUGCUGCCCCGCACUACCAUAAGCACGAGUUCUGGCCCAGCCCUUUCCGGGCUCUGAAACCCCGCACCGGGCGCAAAGACCGCAAGAAGAAGGAACAGGAUACAUUCGCCACCUCCUCGCAGGUGCUGGACUUUGACGAGAAGACGAUGCAGAAAGCCAGGCGGAGGCAGUGGGAUGAGCCACGGGUCUGCUCCAGGCGGUACCUGAAAGUGGACUUUGCGGACAUCGGGUGGAAUGAAUGGAUCAUCUCCCCGAAAUCCUUCGAUGCCUACUACUGCGCGGGGGCCUGCGAGUUCCCCAUGCCCAAGAUUGUCCGCCCAUCCAAUCAUGCCACCAUCCAGAGCAUCGUCAGAGCGGUGGGCAUCGUCCCUGGCAUCCCGGAGCCCUGUUGUGUUCCAGACAAGAUGAACUCCCUUGGAGUCCUUUUCCUGGAUGAGAACCGGAACGCGGUUCUGAAGGUGUACCCCAACAUGUCUGUAGAGACCUGUGCCUGUCGGUGAGAUGGUUGCGAGGCGGAAGACAGCCCUGCCCCGCGGAGUGGCGUGCUUGGAGCCAGGACUUGACUCGGGGCAGUUCCAGGUGCGAGGCGAGCUUGUAGGUAACCCUGUUGGGACCUAGAAAGAUCUGUACACAGUGCCAUCGCUGCUCAGCCUUUCCCUGCUAGUGUAGCCCUGUAAGGACUUUCUGAGUUCCUGGCAGGUAUCUGGAAUUAACUGUGGUCUGCAGUUUGCCCGUCAGCCCUACCCACAUUUUUCAAGGCCUGGAAAUAGCAUGUAUGCACAAUAUCAAUUUCAUGCAUUCAUCAUCUCAAAACCUGGAAAGACUAUGCAAAUCUUGGGGUACUCACCCCUGUGGAAAUCUAAGUGCUCAUUUACAACCCUCAGGCUGUAAUACUGUAAUACAUACUAGAAAUGGGGCCUCAAUCUUGGCAUGAAUGUUUUCUCCUACGUUUUCACUACACAGUUUUAUACAUGCAAUGUGCAUAUGCAGUCGAGAUUGGCCUCUUCCUUUAAUAUAUGUAUUCUCUAUUUUAAAACAAAAGGGAGAGCGUUAACCCCAUCCCCCACAGAGGUAUUAGUGCAGGUUACAUGUGGGCUGUUUGAACAUGCAUGUGGAGAUAACACGUGCAGUAAAAUGUUGGAAUACUAAAAAAUAACCAAGAUUUUAUAUUUUUGUAAAUUAUACUUUGUAUACUGUAGAUUGUGAGUGUUCUGUGUUUUUAUGGAAAGCUAAUAAAUUAAAGGUACAGCGA